AUGGCCGAGCCCGAGGAGGCAGUACCCUCUUGGCUGAUCAGGCCACUGGAGGAUGACACCCUGCGAGCAUUCGACGAGCUCUUCCCGACAGCGGCCCCCUCCCCACGUACUCUCGAGCAGCUAAAGCAGUUUGCGCUCUUGCCAUCGACUAGCACAAGCACUCAGCCUUGUCCCGCGACUGCUCUCCGGUCCAUCUACUGGCGCUGCUGUCUGGGAACGCUCAGCCUGCCUCUUGCCUCGCCAGACAGCACACGCGCUCCACUCUGGGCGCUCAGUCUCGAACGCACUCGCUCAGAAUGGGAUGAGCUUGCAGACCGCUUCCUCAGCGGUCCAGACGGCAAGGGCGUCGGCGAUUAUCUCUCAACGGCCAAGCAAGCUCGGGACGGUACCCUCCGGACCUCUCCCAUCUCGGCAGAACGGCUUCACCUUGACUUGACGCGCAAUAAUCCACUGGCACUGGACUCGAGCUCGCCUUGGAAAGCCUGGUUUGUGGACAUGGAGCUUCGAAGGAUGAUCAGGCAAGAUGUCGACAGAACCUUCCCCGAGCUGGCCUUCUUCCGCGAUGCUCUCGUACAGGACACAAUGACAGAUCUGCUCUUCGUCUGGGCUAAGCUCAACGAGGGCAUCGGCUAUCGUCAAGGGAUGCACGAAAUCCUCGCUCUGCUCUAUGCAAUCGUUGACCGCGAUUCACUCCCAUGCAAGAGCGAGCGAGUACGAGCCAUGUUCGUCUUGGACAGGGCCCGCGUCGAACAUGACACAUGGUCACUCUUCCAGAUCCUCAUGCGAUCCAUUGCCUCCUUUUAUGACCACACCACACUCGUCCCGCUUGUCACUCACACCAAUCCCGGUCUUGGCCUCACAUCCCUCAAAGAUGCCACUAGACACGUACAGCCCAUCGUCGAGCGAUGUCAGCGCAUCCAUGAUCGGUCACUGCGUGCAAUCGACGAACAGCUCUGGACUCAUCAGAACCAGCUCGGCAUAGAACCUCAAAUUUGGGGGAUACGCUGGCUGAGACUUCUGCUUUCGCGCGAGCUGCCCCUUCAAUCAGUCUUGCGACUCUGGGACGGGCUCUUCGCGGAGGAUCCCUCGCUUCAAUUGCUCGACUUUGUCUGUUUGGCUUUGCUUGAGCGCAUCAGAGAUCAACUACUAGCCGCCGACUACUCAAGCUACCUGCAAGCCCUGCUGCGCUAUCCGAUUCCGAGUGACUCAGAGCUAGAGGUCCCUCUCUUGCUGCAGCAAGCCAUCCUCCUGCGCGACAACAGCAAUCCUACUGGCGGUCUUACGGUCCGAGAGCAAAAUGGGCGCGCAGGACUCACACCUCAUUCGAUGCAGGUCCCUCCAAGAAGAUUAGUCACGAGCACCCCGCGGCCCAUAGGAGAUGCGCCUGCCCGCGCAAACGAGCUCACGUCGAUGAGCGACCUUGCAAAGACGGUCUGGUCACGCGCAGAGGCAGCUGGAAUCAACAAGGCCGUCUUGUCUGCCUUUACGGAAAUCAGGCGCAACGUCGACGCUUAUCAAAAUGCUCUGGCUACUAGCCAGGCUGCAGGCAUGAUGCAGCCGACCGCCAGCGUAAACGGCAUUCGGGACUACGCAGCCGAGCUAGCAGCGCAUAGAGCCGGCAACGCAAACAUGGCCAAUGCGCUUGAUCUAUGCACGAGCGUAAUUGAGCGGAUCGCCGCGCCCGUCACGCCCAAUCUGGACGAUCCGACCAGAACGAGCACCUUGUCGUCCGAUUCCGCUACUUCUCUGUUCAUGACCGUCACCAUCAUGCGGCAUAUACGCGACGUGCUAAAGGGCACUUCGAGCGGCUUCGACGCCAGUGUCUUGGGUCCUCUGGAAGCUGUCAAAAAUUCGCUUGAUCAAGUACAGCCAUCCUCGAUGCGUCGGGCGAGUCCCAGUUUGCUGCUGUCGACUCGGGAUGACCAUUUUGCGACGGGCUUGCCUCGAGUUCCCUUCAGUGCGAAUCUACCAGAUAGGCUACCGCCGCACACCGCAUCUCCAAAAAGGCAGUCACAGGCGUCACAGACUGAGAAAAGCACGCAUAGCGAUCCUUUGGGCGCGAUUUAA